UCGUGUUAUUUUCAUACAUAAAUCAGCUGAUUCAGUCACUUGUUUUAUUCACUUUUAACUCACUUGUGUACAAUAUGAUGAGCUGUAUACAUGUUUCCACAAAUUUAAUAAGAAAAAGUCGAAUAUUGAAUCGGCAAAUAAAAGUAGUAACAAUUAAACGUAAUUGUUCAAAAAUAUCAAACGAGUCGUUAAAAGAUGAUGAGAAGACGACACAUUUUGGUUUUCAAACGAUCAAAGAGACUGAAAAAACAAAAGAAGUGUACAAUGUAUUUCGAAAUGUAGCCAAUUCUUAUGAUAAAAUGAAUGAUCUAAUGAGCAUAGGUAUCCAUCGUAUUUGGAAAGAUAUCUUUAUACAGGAAUUAGGGCCAACUCAUGGUACUCAUCUCCUAGAUUCUGCUGGUGGCACAGGUGAUAUCACAUUUCGGUAUAUAAAUUUUUUGAGAAAUACUCCAAAUUCACGUAAUAUACAUAGUCAUGUAACUGUAUGUGAUAUAAAUCAAAAUAUGUUAAAUGUGGGACAAAAACGAGCGAAUGAACUAGGCUUUUCUCAAGAUAAUAAUUGCAGUAUUACAUGGAAACAGGAAGAUGCAGAAAAUCUUUCUUUUCCUGAAGAUUCUUUUACUGCUUAUACUAUAGCAUUUGGUAUAAGAAAUGUAACACAUAUUGAAAAGGUAUUAUCUGAGGCAUAUAGAGUCUUACAACCAGGUGGAAGAUUUUUAUGUUUAGAAUUUAGUCAAGUUAAUAAUGAAGUUUUACAAUGGUUAUAUAAUCAAUAUUCUUUUCAAAUAAUACCUGUGAUGGGACAGCUAGUCACUGGACAGAGAGGAGCUUAUCAAUAUCUUGUAGAAAGCAUAAGAAAAUUUCCAAAGCAAGAGGAUUUUAAAGAUAUGAUCGAAACAGCAGGAUUUAGAAAUGUAACAUAUAUGAAUCUGACAUGUGGUAUGGUAGCUAUUCAUUCGGGAUUUAAAUUGUAAAUAAAAAAUUCCUUGUAUGUUGGUACCAAAAUGUGUAGUUUUAAUGGCUGGAAACAUUUCACUAUCAUGCAUUUGGGCUGUUAGUUGUCCAAGUGUGAAAUUCGCUUGCUUACUGCGUAAUCGCUACGCCUGCAACCCGCAUUGCGUAAGAAUCGUGCGACUCUUCUUGGGUGCUUCGUACUUAAGGUGAUGCGACGAUGCCAUCGCGAUUUAUGUUACUACGCAUUACCCCAUGGAUUAUUUCCGCAGAUCUUCGUGUAAUUCGUGCAUGCAAAAGAGAUAUGCGAGUUGAAAUUCAAGUUAAAAACGCGAAUCAAGUUAACAGCGCAUAUUCACGGACGGCUGAAACUCUCAGGACUCGUCGUUUGUACUUCUUCGCAUUCGAAUUAAAAUUUUGUACGUAAGUAAUGCUAUUCAAUUUUUACGAGUUUUAACUUUAAAUUGCGUUGGUAUUGUAAGUGAACGACAACGAAAUACACAUGCGCAAAGACAGACUUUAUUGUACAUGUAUUAAAGUUUCGGAUAAUUGAAGAGAAGACAGAAAUAAAUAUUGGCACUUUCUUCAAAGAGAUAUAUAACCGAAUUUGCAUUCUGUGUCAGGGAUAUCAGCUUCGUCAUCAUUUUUAAUGAUGCUAUUGUGUCUCAGAAAGGCGGGUUGAUGGAUAGCGCAAAAAUACAGAGCAGAAAUAUUAGUCAUAAAUUGAUAGAGAUGAAAGAGAGUGUAUAACAGAAGGAAAGAUAGAAAGAAGGAAGUUUCAACGGUGCUAUUCUUCGUCAACAAAUAAGAGACGACCUAGCGAGAGAAGGUGUCGUACCGCGCUAACGACAACGGAUCGAAGGCCGAGGCAAAGGGGGAUUCACUAUACGUGGCGUAAUAUCUACAUGCGUCAUGCGGUGUGCUUUCUCUAGGAGGUGAAAAUUCUUAACUUUCUUCGGCUAUAGAAGCAUUCCUCCUAUAGUGCCAAUGAUGCUUGGCACCGCGCUUCCCACAGGUCUCCGGUACUCGUCGUCGUCGGUUCGCCUAUUAUUGAUGAAUCUCUUCCUUACUUCCCGGUGCCACUCGCCAUCGUUACAUCAUUCAUGAUAGAUCAGAGAUAACUGCGUGAUUCUGUAAUUUCGUUCAGCGUAAUACGCGAUCAGGAUCAUGAAUCAGAAGAUACCACCGCGUCGAAAGAAAUUGUGCAGAAUUGAUUGUGCAGUCGCUUGUACCGGAACGAAGAUGCGGAGUGGUGCAACAGCGGCAGCAGUCAACACCCAACAGCUUCUUGUACCGAGCGCAUGUAUCGAUUUUCCUGACCUCGUCGACCGCACAAACCCCUUCCGGCUUGGAUACUUCCUGGAAAAUUCGCGUUCUCUGGAGCAUGUUACUCGAGAAUUGACACCGGCGACUCUCUCCCAUGCUCGUCCUCGGCCUCGAUGCCCGUUUCGGCCGAUCGGAUGAUCCCCAGUGAUCGAGGAGGAUCUGAAUUCGCAGGGUCGCAGCGAAGAGAAGGAGACGAUGAAAUGGCGAACCGGAAUCGAUGAACAAAGGGCAGAUUCGUCGCUCCUGCUCCUGCUGCUUCCUCUUCGCCGGGAAAGUUUAAUUCCUCUCGACCGAGAAAAGA